AUGGCUCCUCUCGCUGACUUCCUUGCGCGCACGGUCCCCAUCUCGCUCCCAGACCACCUGAGGAGCUAUGUCGUGGGGAAGACACCCUUGUCGACGCCGCAGGAAGUGUUCCCGGCUCUCGUCGCAUACCUCGUCAUCGUCUUCAGUCUACGAGCGUACAUGAAGAACAGGCCGCCACUGAAGCUCCAGCGGCUCUUCCAGCUCCACAACAUUAUCCUCAGUGCUGGCAGUGGUCUGCUGCUCGCUUGCAUGAUCGAGGAGAUUGCGCCGCUAUACUACAAGAACGGCACCUUCUGGGCAAUGUGCAACGAAGGGAUGUGGACGGAUAGGCUUGAGUUCUACUAUUUGAUCAACUACUACUUCAAGUACCUCGAGCUCAUCGACACCGUGUUCUUGGCGCUCAAGAAGAAGCCUCUCGCUUUCCUGCACGUGUACCACCACUCUGCAACGGCUUUACUAUGUUAUACUCAGCUCAACGGGAAGACCAGCGUGCAAUGGAUCCCCAUUUCGAUCAACUUGUCUGUCCACGUUCUAAUGUACUACUACUACUACGCGACCGCUGGUGGUGCCAAGAUCUGGUGGAAGAAGCAUUUGACGACUAUGCAAAUUGCACAGUUCAUCAUUGACCUGUUCGCCGUGUACUUCGGAACUUAUUCGUACUAUGCAGCCAAUUAUUUCAGCCCACUACUGCCCACGAUGGGUUCUUGCGCCGGCACUGAGUCCGCUGCGGUCUUCGGCUGUGCUAUCUUGUCGAGCUAUCUGGUCCUCUUCAUCCAGUUCUACAUCAACACAUACAAGAAGCCGGCAAAGGGCAAGGCGCCCGUGGCAAACGGCAAGGCUGUAGCAAAUGGCAAGCCUGUGGCAAACGGCAACGGUAUUGCGAAUGGUCAUGGGUGCGUACCCAAUGCCGGGCCAUGUAAUACAUUUCUCAUGUCUCGCUUCAGGCACAAACUGGAGUAA